AUGACAGAUAAUAUUCCUGGGCCAGGGGCCUAUCCGAUUGUCGGCAAUGUCUUCGACAUCGACAGUGAACAUCCAAACGAGAGCCUUGCCCGUAUUACAGGAGUUUAUGGACCAAUUUUUAGGCUGCGCCUCCCUAGAGAGAGCAUCUUCGUAGGGAACUACGCACUGUCACGGGACCUUUACGAUGAGACCAAGUUCCAAAAAGCCAUCACAGGUCCUAUGGAGGAGGUGCGAAAUUCCACCAAGGACGGCCUCUUCUCAGCGUACCCAGGCGAGCACAACUGGGAGAUUGCGCAUCGAACGUUGAUGCCUGCUUUCGAGCCCCUGUCGAUCCGGGCAAUGUUCCCAGAGAUGCAAGAUAUUGUUUCCCAGAUGGUGUCUAAAUGGGCGCGCUUCGGAUUUAAUAGCCCAAUAGAUGUCUCAGACGACUUCACGAGGCUGACGGUGGACUCAAUUGCUCUCUGUGCCAUGGGUGAUCGAUUUAACUCGUUCUAUCUUGAAAAGCAACAUCCUUUCGUUGACGCCAUGGCUGGGAUGCUAGGAGAAUCGUGGCAUCGAUCCCUGCGGCCUGCCUUUUCACGUUUUUUGUUCGUAGAACAAGACAUUCAGUACCGUGCUGACAUCAGUAAACUGGAAUAUGUCGCCAGAGACCUGUUGGAGACCCGUAAAAGGAACCCAACAAAGAAAAAGGAUCUACUCAAUGCUAUGAUUUUUAAUCGGGAUCCUAAAACUGGAGAGCAAUUGGAGGAUGAUGCAAUAAUUCGGAAUAUGAUCACAUUCCUGAUUGCUGGCCAUGAGACCACAUCAGGGUUGCUCUCCUUCUUGUUUUAUGAGCUCCUUGAAAAUCCUGAAGCAUACCGACAGGCUCAGGAAGAGGUUGAUGAAGUAAUUGGAAGCCAACCGAUUACUGUCGAUCAUAUGUCAAAGCUUCCAUACCUGGACGCAUGUCUGCGGGAGACUCUUCGUCUUCACCCCACGGCACCCUCACUCACUGUGCAGGCAAAAGGCGAUCAUGUUCUUGAUGGAAAGUAUCUUGUUAAAGAUCAAGAAACUGUGGAUAUUCUUCUUACACUAAUCCAUCGGGACCCUGAAGUGUAUGGGCCAGAUGCAGAUGAGUUUAAACCGAGCCGGAUGAUGGAUGAGGCAUUUGGAAAACUUCCCCCACAUUGCUGGAAGCCGUUUGGGAACGGCGUGCGUCGCUGCAUUGGUCGCCCUUUCGCGUGGCAGGAAGCUUUACUUGCCGUUGCCACCCUUCUUCAGACAUUUUACUUUUCAAAAGAUAAACCAUCAUACAAACUUCAGAUUCAAACAGCUCUUACAAUCAAACCGAAAGAUUUCUACAUGAGGGCACAACUCAGAGAUCCUGGCUUUGUAGACAAUAUCAAAGUGGGCAUCUCAGAUCCAUCUUCAAAAUCAACGCAAAAGACACCAAAGCCCCGAGCUGCUGUGCCAGACAAUGCCACGCCACUUCAUAUUCACUACGGAUCAAAUACUGGCACUUGCGAAGCACUUGCACAGGAACUGUCCUCUUCUGCUCCAGAAUAUGGGUUCUCUCCCCAGGUUAAAACUCUGGAUGGCGUGACAUCUGCACUCCCGAAAAAUGAACCGGUUGUUAUAAUCACAGCCACCUAUGAAGGCCAAGCCCCGGAUAAUGCUGUACAUUUUGUGGAGUGGCUCAAGUCCGCGGAUCAGUCGGAACUAAAGGAUGUCAAAUAUUGUGUGUUUGGUGUUGGAAAUAAGGAAUGGCAUACGACGUACCAAAAGAUUUCCACAUUUAUUGAUGAUGUGCUGUCAAAAGCUGGAGCGGAACAGAUUACUGAACGAGUAGCCUCUGAUAUUGGAUGUGGCAAUAUUUUUGAUGCCUUUGAUAGAUGGCAGGAAAAAAGAUUCUGGCCGGCAGUGCAAAAGCUCACUGGUCAGGAUGGUGGCAGCGAGCAAGCUGCCCCGAGAGGGAUGAAAAUCCAAGUUGAUACUCAAACUCGCUCAUCACUGCUCCGGCAAGAUGUCCAGGAUUGUGAAGUCAGUCAAGUCCGUCUCUUAACAAAACCAGGGGCACCCAGAAAACGACAUAUUGGUAUCAAUCUGCCAACUGGGAUGACAUACCGUGCUGGUGACUACCUGGCGGUAUUGCCACUUAACCCUCCGGAGACAGUACGUCGUGUUAUGAGACGUUUUCGGUUACCAUGGGAUGCCACCAUUACCAUUGAUCCUUCUACAUCAACAAGUCUCCCCAAGGGGGUGACUCUGAGCGUGAACGAUGUACUGUCUGGAAUGCUAGAACUCGGUCAACCUGCCACUGGCCGUGCAAGCGCUGCUCUUGCCAAGUCGAUUCCCGAGAAAAAGCCACAAGAGGAAUUGGAGAAACGGAUGAGGGAAGAAGACUUCCAGGCCUCCAAUGUUACACUUCUUGAUCUUCUCGAGGACUACCCAAGCGCAGUGUUUCCUCUUGGACAAUAUCUUGCUUCCGUGCCGCCCAUGCGAAUACGGCAAUACAGCAUCUCCUCCUCCCCGUUAGAGCGCGAGUAUGAAUGCACUCUCACCUACAGUGUAAUCGACGCACCAUCAAAGGGCAGUCAGAAAGGCCAUCGGCUCCUUGGCGUUGCCAGUAACUAUAUGGAAAGCCUCGAUGUCGGGGAUCAUCUCCACGCUAGUUUGCGUCCCAGCCGCGCUGGAUUCCACCUCCCAGCUGAUCUCAAGACACCUAUUAUUAUGGCAUGCUCAGGGACCGGUCUGGCCCCUUUCCGCGCCUUCGUUGCAGAACGGGCCUUCAAGAAAACCGGCAGCAUCCAAGUCGGUCCUUCUUUACUCUUUUAUGGUUGUAAGCGGCCAGAUGAGGAUGACCUGUACCGGGAUGAAUUCGAUCGGUGGCAAGCGCAGGGCGUGGUUGAUGUGCGUCGUGCGUACGCGCAGCAGCCGGAGAUGUCCAAUAAUUGCAAAUAUGUCCAGGAUAGAAUCUGGCUGGAUCGGAAUGAAGCUGCCCAACUUUUUGACCAGGGUGCACAGAUUUAUAUUUGUGGUCCUGGUACUGUGGGAGCGAGUAUUGAGAAGAUCUUGGCACAGAUCCGUGCCGACGCUCUGGGAGAGGAUACGGAAACUUCCUUGAAAUGGAUUCAACUGGAGGAGGGCACGGCACGGGUGGCCGCGCUGAUGUAUGCUCUCGCGCGUGAGCCACUAAGCGCUCUUCCGGAGAAAAGGAAAGACGACGUUACUCAUUUCACUAAAGCUCAAUGUCGUGACCCCGGUGGUGGCUCUGAUGUGCGACUGUUUAUCAAGCUAGGCAAAGCGCUACAGGCUCAUGGCUAUCGUGUGAGGUUGGCGACACAUCUCAUGUCCCGUGACUUUGUCAAGGAAAAUAAUUUGGGGUUCUUUGAUAUGGGAGGCGAUCCCAGCGAGCUUUUGUCGUUUGCAGCCUCUUUGACGAAGACUAUUACAGGAAGUCGUGAGAAAUUCCGAGCAAUUAUUGGGGGAUGCCGGCGCUCGUGCAUCGAGGCAGGAGAGGGCAUCGUUGUCACGGAGAUGCUCAUCUGGCAAGGAUUAGGUGAUUCGAUCAAUGACUUCCGUCGCUUUGAGCUGCGCUUGGAUCAACUAGAUGAAGUCAAUGAACCGACAUUGAUCUACCGGCUUCAAAUUUCUUUCAUAUAUCUAUGGUAUUUUGUAUCUUUUGCAAAUACAUAUGCCAAUAACCUAAUGCUGGGAAUAAGGUCUCCCUCGUUACUUCGCAAGCCCGUUGACUGGCAGCAGCAUAUCGAAGUCACUGGCUUCAACUUCCGCUCUGAACAUGGCAACUAUACGCCUCCACAGGAUCUCGUUGAUUUCUCGACGCAGGUGAUCCGCCGAUCUACAUUAGAUUCGGCUGGGGAAGUCUCGGAGGAGAAGCAGAUCAAUCAGCCCAAUGUAUACUUUCUCGGAAACGUGCCUCACCAUUUGGCUAUUUAA